CUGAGCUGCUCUCAGUAAAUUCCCCGAUUCUGAAAUCAUUCAGGAGUUGUCCUCAAAACCCAGCGGAGAAGGCGUUUCCCCCAAACCCCGCUUCACAGUUCAGUUUUCGAGAACUGGAGAAGGGGAAACCGGCGGAACGAAAGGCUCGGGACGUAUUUUAGUGCUUUUCUCAGUACUAAAACUUCAGAACUCGGGCUGAGAGGAGAACUCUGGAAGGAUGCAGUUUUUGGGAAUUAUAUGUUCAAAUAUGAUUAUUUUGAUUCACCACUGGAUGGGAAAAGCUCAUUCCAUCGCUCCGGAAAGCAGAACCCCAUCAACAAAUGAGGAAAUUGAUGUGGUCAAGCUGUGCAGACAACAGUUAGGGAUCGUAGCAGUAGUACCUAGUACUGAAGAAAACCAUAACCAGACCAUCUUCCUUCUGUCUGGGAACAUCUCUCUGCCUCAGUGGAUUAUAGGAAGAGAUACAACUGAAAUAAGUGGUACUGCCUCUGAUACCCUGGAAUUUCUGUGCCAAAAUGAACACGGGUCUGCUCGUCUCCAGCACACAUUCUCCAACAUGUCUGCUGUUAGUGUGUGCUCUCGAGUUCGAUUUGAUCCAAAUCAUUAUGGAGAUUUUAUUGUGUUCUCUUAUUCCACAACCUUAUUCACAAAUGAGUUCCAGCUACGAGCAAAAGUUAGUCCAAAAGAAAUCAAGGUUGCACUUUGUGUUCAUGGAAAUCAGAGCUCCUAUCACACUGCCUUUGCAAAUAAUGCCUCCUUCCAUUCGUUGUGUGUGAUCUGGGCAGGAAAUAGUGGUAAUUGGUCUUUUUCAGUAGACGGUCAAGCGUUUGAUGGUGGGAAUCUUCAGCACCCGUCCAAACACAUCAGGGGCGAUGGCUUUUUCACCGUUGGCCAGGAGCAAGACAUGCUCAAUGGAUCUCUCAACAGCGAGAAGACAUUCUGUGGGAGCAUUACUCAGCUCUACAUAUGGAAUCGGACGUUAGGUGCCAGUGAAAUCCAAACCAUGGAAAAAGAGUGCAAACCCGUUAUUUCUGGCCUGAUUUUCAAAUGGAACACCUCUGGACUGAUUAUAAAAAACAACUUCAUACAGAUGCACCGGGAGUCCUUCCAUUGUCGAGUGAUUUCCCAGAUGCCAAAUAAGGAUACCUGUGUCACGUAUGACCCUGAUAGUGGAAAGUGUUACAUGGAUCUUUGUGAGACACAAAAUGGAAAUGACAAUCAGUUCCAGAAAGAUAACACAGAAAACUUUCCCAAUACACCAUUUUUUACAGAAGUCAUCAAGUAUUUACAAGCCAGCCCUGAUCUAGAAGAUUUCAAUUCAACUUCACCAACAGAUAGUGAGCUUCUUCGGCUGAGCUUGAUUGCUCAAUCCGUUGUGAAGGUUAUUAAUAAUAGUCCUGGCAUAAUUACACCCUCUGAUCUUCUGUACCUCACACAAACCAUUGAAAUGGCUGCUGCUGCUCAAGCCAAUAAAACAUCUGUCUCUUCUGCAAUCGUCAUGUCUAUGACUACCAACUACCUGAACCUAGCCAGUGGUCUCAUUGAUCCUGCAAUGGAGAAGCAGUGGGAGGAUUUGAAGCCAUUAGGGAUUCAACAUAGACCAUGGAUGGUUGUGGAGAACAUUGACAAAUUACUUUGGGCGCUGGCAGAUACAAUCUAUGCAGAAAAGACAAGCUUCAAAGUUUCAUCCAAAAACCUAGAUGUUUAUAUGGAGCCAAAAAGGUUAUCUCAGAUGAGCUGCAGCUGUGUGUAUAAACCUUCCACCCAGGCUGUUCAGUCCGGCAGCCAAGAUGAAAUUCUGAUUCCAGACACCGAGGUCCAAAGAGUCUACUCCCUUGGUCACAAGGAUGUGAUGUUCAUCCAUUCGUACUACAGCAGUCUGUCAGACAUACUUUUCCAAAGUGAAAUCAAAGCUCCAGUACUGCAGAAGACAGACAGUGCACGUUCAUCUGUUCGUCGUCUCGCUACAGCAAUCAUAUCGGCUACAGUACGAGAUGUGUCCAUGGGAAAGAAUGUUCCAGUCUCUGUCCAAUAUUCUUUAUCCACUGUGAAAAAGGUGGAGUAUUCCAAGCCUGUCACGCCUGCUUGCAUGUUCUGGAAUGUCAGUAUGAUGGGUACUUAUGCAAGUGAUUGGUCAGAUAAGGGCUGUGUAGUGUUGCAUUCUGGAUCUGACACUACCUCUUGCUUCUGCAACCACACCACCAACUUUGCUGUCCUUAUGAAUUACAUGGAGAUCCGGUGGAGUGCGGAGGAGGAGAGCAUUUUGACCAAGCUGACGUUUAUCGGGUCGGGAGCAUCGCUCUGCGCACUGGUGGUGACCUUGAUGCUGUUUACCGUGCUGGAUAUUCCAAAAUCAGACCGGAUAUCCAUCCACAAGAAUCUUUUCAUUUCUCUGACCUUAGCCCAAAUUGUCCUUCUCUGCAGUGGCUCUGCUAUUCAUAAUAAGGUGGCCUGCACCAUGGUGGCGGCUCUGCUCCAUCUGUUCUUCAUGGCAGCGUUUAGCUGGAUGCUGGUGGAGGGGCUCCUGCUCUGGAGCAAAGUGGUGACUGUUAACUUGAGCGAAGAUCGUCACAUGAAAUACUACUACUUGAUUGGCUGGGGUCUGCCUGUUCUGAUAGUUACCAUUACUCUGGCCUCGGCUUCAGGGAACUACUCCGCUGACGGCCACUGUUGGCUCAGCGUACAGAAUGGAGUCAUUUGGGGCUUUGCUGGCCCAGUUAUCUUCAUCAUUAUGGUGAACAUUAUGGUCCUGACCCGAGUGGUGGUCAUCACCAUCUCCACAGCCAAGAGAAGAUCUUUAAUGUUGGCAGCCAACACAAGUCCAGUAGAGCAGGUGUCUGAACAGAUAAGGGCAGCAAUAAAAGCAGUGCUGGUUUUGUUGCCAAUUCUAGGCCUAACCUGGCUGUGUGGGGUUUUGGUGCCUUUCUCCAUCAUCAUGGCCUACAUCUUCAUCCUCCUCAACUCACUCCAGGGUCUCUUCAUCUUCCUGAUAUAUGGCGUGUACAACACGGAGAUACGCAACACAGUCAGACGAUUCAAAGAAAGAAGGAAAGCUCAGAAUUUCUCUAACUGUGGCAGCUCCAGACCAUCCAGCUCCGUCCACAGCUCUCGGCCAGGCAGCUCCCCUGUGCCCGGCUCUCUGGGUGGGCUUGGGGUCGAUGCCAAUCAUCCAGGAAGCUUCUCCACAGCCAGCGACAGCACCAGCUUGAGCUACAGCCACGAGAGACAUCUUUCCCUUCCUUGUGUGAAUGGCAACCUGGAUGAAGAUCCCAACUGUCAUCCUGUUGGUAUCUACAUGACUGGAGAGGAGCAUGUAGAACCUCUGGACUGUGUGGCAGAUUCCUGUAGUCUCCAUGUUCCCAUGGAUGAAGAGCUGAGCUCCUGCCGUGCAUUAGGCUCGUGUCCACAACACCACAACAGCGCUGACCCUUUCUGAAGAUUCCCUGCUCACGCUUUUUUUUUUUUUUUUAGUAAUGUUUGUAGGGGGUUGUGUAGUAGUUUUUUUUUGUAGGUCCUCUGUAAAUACACCUGCAUGUUAUUAUUUUCUAUGAAACUGACCUGAGACGCAUCUUCCUAAAAUGUAAUGCUAUACAGCUCUGGAAAAAAUGAAGAGACCACUUCAGUUUCUGAAUCAGUUUCUCUGAUUUUGCUAUUUAUAUGUAUAUGUUUGAGUACAACGAUCAUUGUUGUUUUAUUCUAUAAAUUACAGACAAUAUUUUUCCCAAAUUCCAAAUAAAAAGUAAUUUAGGGCAUUUAUUUGUAGAAAAUAAGAAAUAGCUGAAAUAACAAAAAAGAUGCAGAGCUUUCAGACCUCAAAUAAUGCAAAGAAAACAAGUUCAUAUUCAUGGAGUUUUAAGAGUUCAGAAAUCAAUAUUUGGUGGAAUAACCCUGUUUUUUUAAUCACAGUUUUUAUGCAUCUUGGCAUGUUCUCCCCCACCAGUCUUACACACUGAUUUUGGAUAACUUUGUCACUCCUGGUGGAAAAUUUUAAGCAGUUCAGCUUGGUUUGAUGGCUUGUGAUCAUCCAUCUUCCUCUUGAUUAUAUUCCAUUUUCAAUUUGCGAAAUCAAAGAAACUCAUCAUUUUUAAGUGGUCUCUUAUUUUUUUCCAGAGCUGUAUAUAGGGAGUGGUAUAUUACUAAAAAAUGUUAGAUAAUAACUUAUAAAAAAAAUCACAUUAACAUAUAUUUAUGCUGUCCAGUAAAAAAAAAAAGGUAUUCUUGAUUUUACAGGAGAAGGAAAACUGCUCUUAACUGGAAAUGGAAGUCAGUGUAAAAUAACCAUUUAUCUAGCUAAUAUUAGAGCAUUUCUAUUGGUCCACAGUGCAGAGGGCAGACACAUUAUUCAUCAUUAGAGUUCUAAUGAUGGAGAAAACUAAAAAAGGAAAAAAAUAGACAAAAACAAAGGUUUUUUUUUUUGGACAGCAGCUUUAUAUGUUCACUGUCAUAACAAAACCUCACCUUUCCAAAAUCCUAAUUUUAUUAUCAUUUACUGUAUUUACACACAAUGUAAAAGGCAGCUGACACUCAAAUUUAAAAAAGAAAAUGAAGAAAUGUAUACUGAUGUGCCUAAAGUCAUGGGACAGCAGUAUGUAACUUGAUCAUGAAUUGUUACCUCAGGGAAUGGCUUGGGAGCGACAAGUUGAGGUGUUAUCUUGUGAGUAAUGCUGAACAAUGGCCAGCAUGCUCAUGGCAAGACGGUGUGAACUAUUGGAGUUCAAGCAAAGUUGGAUUGUGGAUGCAACAUGGAUGAGACGUUCCAUUUCCAAAUUUUGCAGGUAUUUAGCAUUCCUCAAUCCACAUCCAGUCAUGCAUAUACCAGGAAUAUGUCAGAGAGGGCAUUACUACCCACAGUGAUCAGCACAGUGGGUUGUAAUGAGCAUGACUAACAGCGCCUGGCUACAAUUGUGUAUGCAUAUAGGCAGGCAUUAACUCUUGCAUUAAUCACAUCCACAUUUAAUGCAGGAGGCCACACACACAUAUUCCACAGCUUAGUGUAGCAUUCUUUAGCUUCCAUGGGACACAGCGAAACUUUUGGAAGUGUGUAUACACUAAGUUUUGAUGUGACAGUGACUAUGAUUUGUAAAGGCAUGGAUCAAACCUUGACUAUGUAUCCUACUAAUACACUUCCUUUUAAAUGAUGAGCCAGUACUGUCAAUACUUUAAAAACUAAACGACGAAGCAGAUAUUUACAUUCUGUUCAGUAAUGAUUUUUUUCUUUUUUUUUUUGGAAUGUCUCUUAGCAUCACAGAUGUGUUUUUGUGUGUGUGUAGAACUGUCAUACUGAAUAACUUGUGCCAACUAUUUUUAGGAAUUGAUAUUAUAAGCUUAAAUGAUCAGUAGAAACUUUAAGAGACAAGUUUGUUUGUGAAUCAUUUCUACACAUCUCUGUUUGCACAGGAGGAAAGGAGGAAAUGAGCAGACUUUUUGCAUGAUAAGAAUUUAUUGAAAUAUGAGGGAUCAAUUCCACCAGCUGGCAAGGAAACUCUCCAUGGCAGGAAGUGGAUCAGGCUGUGACAUCCAGGGCUUGAAAGGUAGUUCACAAUAUCAACACAUUUAGAGGUUUGUGGAACAUUCAAGGCAGCUAAAGAACUUUAAAGGACAAGUUAAAUCGGGACAGAGAUGAGAACUCGAAGAUGAGCUUGAAGGUCUGAGAUUGUCAGGGUAAUGUAAAAUUAUAAUUAAACAUAUAAUGCCUAAUCUCAUGCUGCAUUCCAUUUACCUCAGAAGUCAGAUGUUGGAGCUGGAAAUGG